CAAGCUGAUGGGAGCUCUCAAUUUUAUCAUUCUGCGUUUAAAAUUACACGGAGUCUGUAGGGCAGGCAACUUCGCAGGAGUUCACCAUCGAUUUUUUGUUUUCUUCUGUGGGCAGUCAAACAUUCAGUUAUCCCAUUUUAAACGUUUCAGUUUUCUUCGAAAACGAAGGGCAUUUCCGUUCUUCAUAAAGCUUGUUUUUAGUACUCAGCGAGUGUGAAGCUCUUCAUAUGGAGAUUCAGUUGAUGAAUUGAAUUGAUGCGCAGUUUUAUCCAUCGCUAGUUCAGUGGAAGUUUCAAUGGAGUCUCUGGCUUAUGGGUCUUUUCCUAAAUCGUGUUUAAUCACGUCUGGCGGGAAUUUUUGGGGUUGCAAUAAGUUCAAGGCUCGCAAUUUCUCAAGUUCUAAUGUAGGAGUUCAAGUUUCGAAAUGUAGAUCAUGUAGCAUUCUGCAGAGAUAUUAUGCUGUGAGGUUUCAGCAGAACUUUAAGAAGCAGCAUGAUAGAGGUUUUGAGGAAAGAUCUACUCUAUGCCUGAAAAAUAAGACAAAAUUUGCAGUGAAUGCUACAUCCAGCCACUCUCUUGAAUCUGAGCCUGAAUCUCAUAGUUCCAAGAGCACUUGGCGCUCCAUUAGCAACAUUUUAGAUGCCUUCUACAGGUUUUCGAGACCACACACAGUUAUUGGCACAGCUCUGAGCAUUAUAUCUGUUUCUCUCCUUGCGGUAGAAAAGCUAUCUGAUAUUUCUCCGCUAUUUCUUGCUGGUGUGUUGGAGGCCGUGGUUGCUGCCUUCAUGAUGAAUAUCUAUAUUGUUGGUUUAAAUCAGCUGUAUGACAUUGAAAUAGAUAAGGUUAAUAAGCCAUAUCUUCCGCUAGCUUCAGGGGAAUAUUCUGUCCAGACUGGUAUCUUGAUCAUUACUUUAGCUUCCCUCAUGAGUUUUUUUAUUGGAUGGAUUGUCGGUUCGUGGCCAUUGUUUUGGGCCCUUUUCAUCAGUUUCAUACUUGGCACUGCAUAUUCAAUCAAUUUGCCUCUAUUAAGAUGGAAAAGGUUUGCAUUGGUUGCAGCAAUGUGUAUCUUAGCUGUUCGAGCAGUGAUUGUACAACUUGCUUUUUAUCUACACAUACAGUUAUGGAGAAAUAGGAUUGAUCUAUAUUCACAUCAUGAGCUCCCUCUUCAAUUGCGGAUAAUUUUUAAGCAAAAGGAUUUGAAUCAUUGCUUACAGAAAUUAGGUGCAGAUUGUAUGGCAGAUGUAGAGUCUUGUUUUUCUCCAGAUGUGCAAGUAUCUAAAUGCUCUAUUCAGAUCACGAUUCAUUUUUUUUUUGCACUUGUUCAGAUGUUGGGUCAUGCCAUAUUGGCUUCAAUAUUAUGGGGUCGUGCCAAAUCUGUCAACCUGAAGAGCAAAGCUGCAAUAACAUCCUGUUAUAUGUUUAUUUGGCAGCUCUUUUAUGCUGAGUACAUGCUGAUACCAUUUGUGAGGUGAUUAGCAGAGAAUUUAGUUAUUCAGAGACGAGGAAGGACUUGUCUUUCUGUUGAUCUCUUAAGUGAAAAUGCAUUGAGUCCAAUUGGGAGCAGAUGAACAUGUAAAAUUUAAUAAAUAUUGAUUGAAGUUCAGUCAAUAAGAUGGUGUAUUGUUGGAUCUUAUCAUAAAA